AUGAAUGAGCAACAACCAGAAAGUUUAAAUGAAGCACCAAUAAACCAAACUAACAUUAAACAAAUAAUCAAAGAUUAUAAACUUGUCUUUCCUUGCCCUCAUUGCGAAAAAAUGAUUAAUGACGAUCAUUUUAGCAAAGAACACCGGGUGCUUAAUUAUAUCAGCGAGCAAGAAUUAAAAAAAAAUUUAGAAGAACAAACGAAAAAAAUUGCCGAAUUACAAUCUUCUGAGUAUAUUGAGAAUUUAGAGAGAGUGAAAAAUUUGGCAGCGGAAAUUCAAGAAUUGCGGCAGCAAAAUCAGAACUUUUUAUUAGCCCAAAAUCGACCCAUUAAACGCAAAGGAGAAUUAUUUGAACAAUACGUAGCUGAGGAAUUGAGCCGUGUUUUUGAUGACAAGGAUAAAAUCAGCAAAUUAACUCAGUUAGGAAAAAAAGCCGACUUUCUCCAAGAAGUAUUGACCGAAAUUGAACCACGAAAAGUUGCUGGUCGAAUAGUUUACGAAACCAAAGACACCGAAAAAUGA